GAGGAAUAUUUGGCUUUGCCUGUGGAGGAUGUUGUGGCGAUCCUCAGUCGGGAUGAACUCUUUGUCGAAAGUGAGGAGCAGAUUUUUGAUGCGGCAAUGCGCUGGUUACAACACGAUUCCGAGAGAACGCGAUAUUCACCGAGAGUACUGAAAUGUGUUCGAAUGCCACUACUGAAGCCGCAUUUCAUAACUGAUCAUGUGGCUUCUCAUCCGAUAAUACGCGAAUGCCUCACUUGUCGUGAUUUGAUCGAUGAAGCAAAAGACUACCAUCUUAUGCCGGAGAGAAGAAAAUCUUUCAAAACGUUCAGGACGAAACAGAGGUGCUGUUUUGAUGUGCCUGGAUUAAUCUUUGCCGUUGGUGGUCUGACCAAUACAGGCGAUUCACUGUCAACUGUGGAAUUUUAUGAUCCACGCACUGGUAAUCGCCAUAUAUUUUUUUGUGCAAGAGCUUUAAACAAACGUACUGAAUAUAAAUCACUUUGA